AUGCCUUCUUUGCAAGAUUUGGCACAAAGGAAUGCUUCUUUAUUGAGCAAGCUCAUGGUGACACUUCCGGUGCUUGAAAUUGUCAACUAUCGCCCGCUUCCACCGCAUGGUUUGGAUGGAGUUUUGAGGAUUCACCGUUACAAAUGUUAUAUACUCUUCCAUUGCGGUGUAGAGAUCCCCAAGUUUGUUGACACCGUCACUCCUCAAUACAAACCAAAAUUUGAUGAAUUGCUUGUAGAAUUGAAAGAGGCGGAGGAGAAAUCCUUGAAAGAGUCUGAGCGAUUGGAGAAAGAAAUUGCCGAGGUUCAAGAACUUAAGAUCAAGACCAUGACCGCAGACGAGUACUUUGAGAAACAUCCAGAGCAAAAGAAAUUCGAUGAUGAGACGAAUGACUACUGGGGCUAUUGA